AAACUUUGUAACCAAGCAAUAAGUUCUACAUUCUGGGAAAGAACAAGGCAGAAUCACAAUCACAAAGAGCUCAAGCUGCUUUUAAGUUUAGUUUCAAUAGACGGAUCGGGUUUCAUUGGUUUUGCAUAACAAGCCCCAGAGAGAUGCUACUUAUAAUUGCCUGUGCUAUUUUCUUCACGGAGGUCAAGGAUGCAAUAUUUGCCAUGAAAUCCCUUCGGAUCAAAUGGCAGAUUCGAGCCAUGGUUGUAGCGAGCCUUUGCGUUCAACUCCUGCUUGUCAAAUUGGUGAAUCAACGGCGAUGCAGUCGUAAACGCUCAGUGUAUACAGCAACCAUUGUUUGGUUAAUGUACCUGUUUGCAGAUUGGUUAGCAACAGUUUCUUUAAGUAGCCUCUUUAAGAGCAGCAAGGAGCAAUUAACAAGCCCAUUGGUUGUAUUUUGGGCACCUUUCCUACUCUUGCAUCUUGGUGGCCCUGACACAAUCACUGCUUAUUCUUUAUCAGAGAAUGAGCUAUGGCCCAGACAUUUCUUCGGCUUAUGCUUCCAAAUUGGGGUUGCUCUUUAUGUCUAUGUCAAGUUUUGGACCAUAAACACAACAACUCUGACAUAUUUGGCGAUUCCAAUAUUCAUUGUUGGGAUUAUCAAAUACGGGGAAAGGGUUUGGGUUCUUUUCAGUGCUAGCGAUGCAAAGCUACGGAAGUCGGUUUUCACAACUCCAACUAAGUCAGAGCUCGAACUUGUUCCUUCAGGGGCUGAUCAGCAGAGAGUGGUGGUCCAGAUUGAUGAUUAUUUACAAGACAAAGGAAUUCAUAGGAAAUACAGACAUCUUCAUCGAGCAUCUCUAUCAUAUACCAUGUUCAGGCCCCUAUUUUUGGACCUCAAGCUCAGGAUUUACAAACAGUUGAGUGAUUUGUUUACAUUAGAGCAUAUGACUAUGGGAGAGGCCUUCAAAUUGGUAGAGAUUGAACUAGGAUUCUUGUAUGAUUUGCUCUAUACAAAGAUUCCUAUAGUUCUAUCUCGAAUUGGUGUGAUUCUACGGUCCAUCUGCUUGUCCUUCCUUUUUUCCAUACUAAUUGCCCUCUCGAUCAUCGUUGGAAACCAUGGCUAUCCAAAAGUUGACAUUGCCAUAUCCUAUUUGCUCUUAGUUGGGGCUAUCUUUUUGGAAAUCUAUUCAACCGUUUUGCAUGUCAGUUCUGACAGGGGAAUUCUACGGUUAACUUGUCAGGACAACAAGCUGUUUAAGGCAAUUGGAUCUAGUUUGAUUUCGGUAACUAAGACCAACAGAUCAGAAAUACAGUCAAUGGCACAAAACAGCCUAAUAGACUAUUGCCUCCAGGCCAAGUCAACCAAGUUUGCUUUGGUUCGAAGCAUUUUUGACACUGAGGACUUCGUGGGCAAGUAUGGAAAUACAUCUUGGAAAGAUGUGAAAGAUGAUUUAAAGAAGUUCAUCUACGAUCAUCUAUUAGACAAAUGGAAGAUAUAUAAACAGAAUAACUUUGAUUACAAAUGUCUCAUGCAGUUAUUGAGUGAGAGGGGUCAUAAUGUGCUGCUGGAGAAACAUCCUGAGGAAGAUCUUGGUUGGAGCAUAUGUGAUGUAGAAUUCACCCAGAGUCUCCUCAUUUGGCACAUCGCUACGGAUCUUGUCUUCCGUGUUGAUCAUCCAAGAGGUUUAGUAGGUACUUUCGGUCCAUACUGCAAAAUUAGCAAGCUUCUAUCUGAUUACAUGAUGUACCUUCUUUUCAUGAGUCCAACAACGCUUCCCCAAGGCAUUAUUAAGGUAAGGCUCCAAGACACUUGUGCGGAGGCCAUGAGUUUCUUUCAUGGGGAAUUAGAUCACCAGAAAAUUGUCGAGACUUUGUUUCGUAUCGGUACAGAAAAUCGAGCUGUUUUAACGCCAAUGGGAACUCAAACGAAAUCGGUAUUCUUUGAAGGAUGCCAGAUUGCCCGUCAAUUGCAAGAAUUAGUUUUGACACACCAUUGGGAUCAUGAAGAAAAAUGGGAAAUGAUUGCUCGAAUAUGGCUUGAAAUGUUGACUCAUGCUGCAAGUGAGUGUACAUGGAAAGAGCAUGCCAAACAACUUAAGCAAGGUGAGGAGUUGCUCACUCGUGUAGCCCUCCUCAUGGCACAUUUUGGUUUAAGCAAGAAGAUCCAGAUGGUGGAUAUACCCCAUGAACUUGCAGCUGAAGGCUAUCAGCCUGAAUGGGAUUGGGACAAUCUUGACCGGUUGGCUUAUUACUUGGUUUAAAAUGAAAUUAAUUUUUCAACAAAUUUACUAAAUAAUUAGCACUUUUUAUCAUGCAAGCUAGCUCCACGAAGGUACAUCAUUAAAGCUAGUUCAAUCUUUGACCACGUGUUUUAUUGUUCUAUUAGAUUUUC